UCGCGCGAAGGCCUCUGUCGUCGCGAGAAGAAGCCGCUAGGGGCGUCGGCACGGAUAAACGGAAGUGUCGGUGACGGUCCGAGAUAUCACCGCCAAGCUGGGAACCGGGGAGAUGGCCGAGACUGACCCGAAGACCGUGCAGGAUCUCACCUCGGUGGUGCAGACACUCCUGCAACAGAUGCAAGAUAAAUUUCAGACCAUGUCCGACCAGAUCAUCGGGAGAAUUGAUGACAUGAGUAGUCGCAUUGAUGACCUGGAGAAGAACAUUGCAGACCUCAUGACCCAGGCUGGCGUGGAAGAACUGGAAGGAGAAAACAAGAUACCUGCUACACAGAAGAGUUGAAGGUUGCUAAUUUACACUGGAAUCUGGAACAUUGUUUUUAUAAGCCAAGAGAAGACCAGAUGGCUUUUUGCAACUAAUUACUAUGUGUAGACAGGUUUUAUGUUGUAAAGCGUGCAUUCUUCUUAUCACAUACUAUAUAGUUAGUUGAUAGAGUGAGCCUCCAACCCCCAUUUCUUGAACAUGAUAACUUCACACCUCAGAUCUUGGUCAGUUGUCCUAUUAAAUAUUAAACACUAAAACUUUGGCGGUUCUUCCAUAAAAUUGUCAAAUUUUUUAGUGUAUUUUUGUGAAGUCAUUUUUUUCUAUCAUUCCUUUUGUAGUAGUUGCUGUUUGAUAAAAGUUGCUGUGUAAUUUUUUUCUAUUAGACAUAUAGUAGGUUAUUCCUUUAUAGUUAGACUUUGUAAAGUAAGACAUUUAUAGAGUUUAGGGUUCUUUGAUUUUCAACAGUAUGACUGAUGAACUAACACCAAAUAAUGUGUUGGUAAUACUUUUCCAAUAGUUGAGAACAUUUAAAAAUUGUUUAUUCAGAAAUACCUGGCACUACUCUGUUGCCAAAACUCAGACUUGAACCAUGAUUUUGUCUAAGUCUUUGAGGUCAGAUGCUAAAGUAAUGAAUACUAACCACUGCCACUUUAGUGUGAGAAUUUUUAAGUAUGGAAAAUGAUAGAAUUGCCUAAUGUAAUGAGGCAUUCAUUAGUUAGAGUUCUGCAUGAGAUUUGAAUACUUCAGUAGGACCCUACAUUGUUCAUCUACGAGAGUUACCGUACAAAAUCUGGCAGGAUUUUAAAACUCAGUUACUCCAUCUUUCCUUUGAAUUACUGAUUGGAAAAAAGGAACAGAAAAGGAAAAGAGACCAUGCCAGUUGCUUCAUUAGAAAAUAAUAAAAGACUUGUGAUAGGCUCAAGCUUUUUAAGAAAUACUGUUUCUUUAAACUACUUCUUACUGCAAAGAAAUGGUUUUAUUAUUCAUGAUAGAAGACGGGGAUAACUCUUGCCACUCAGAAAUGUAGUGUCGGGAAUGCUAAGCCUAAAGGCCAGUAUUGACUGGGGGAGAUCCAUGUGAUUGUCACAGCAAAGUGAUUUUUAUAGAAAAAACGUUGACUGUCAGAUUUGUGCUUAAUGAACCCUAUGUUUUUUUUGUUUCCUAUAUCACCAGUCUUGAUUGUUUGUAUUGCAAAUAUAUAAUAAUAUUAAGAAAUAAUUUUUCCUAUUUAUAAAUUAUAUGGAAAACAUAAAGGAGUAAAUUUCUUCUGUGAUAAAAUGAAUUAACCCUGUUAAUUGCCCAGAGCAGAAACUCCUUUGAUGUGCUGCAGGUUUAGCCCAGCAAGCCCCAGAGCCUGCUGCACUCCAGCCAAUCAGAUGGAACCUGUGUGCGGGGUGUUUUCAAGCCCAGAAACAGCAACUGGAAAUGGUAGGCAGGAAGGAUAGUUAGGACUUACUAGUAGGUAGAAGUUGGCUUCCUUAAAGUAAUGGGAAGAUUCUUGAGGCAAGCUCCACUGACCACAGUAUCUGCCCUGAAUAAAGGUGCCUGGAAUCCUGCUA